UACUAGUUUCUUUUUUAAAAAACCAUAUGUUUAAAAGUUAGGUUCAAUCAUAAAAAUAGUAAUAGUAAUUGGAAGAACGACCAACACAAAUUGAAGCAACCAUGUCUGGAGAGGUGCGUUUGAGGCAGCUGGAGCAGUUUAUUUUGGAUGGACCGGCUCAGACCAAUGGGCAGUGCUUCAGCGUGGAGACAUUGCUGGAUAUACUCAUCUGCCUUUAUGAUGAAUGUAAUAAUUCCCCACUAAGGAGAGAGAAAAAUAUUGUUGAGUACCUGGAAUGGGCCAAACCAUUCACUUCUAAGGUGAAACAGAUGCGAUUACAUAAAGAAGACUUUGAAAUAUUAAAGGUGAUUGGUAGAGGAGCUUUUGGGGAGGUAGCUGUUGUAAAACUAAAAAAUGCUGAUAAAGUAUUUGCCAUGAAAAUACUGAAUAAAUGGGAAAUGCUGAAAAGAGCAGAGACAGCAUGUUUUCGAGAAGAGAGGGAUGUACUAGUGAAUGGAGACAAUAAGUGGAUUACAACUUUGCACUAUGCCUUCCAGGAUGACAAUUAUUUAUACCUGGUUAUGGAUUACUAUGUUGGUGGGGAUUUGCUUACCCUCCUCAGCAAGUUUGAAGAUAGACUACCUGAGGAUAUGGCUCGAUUUUACUUGGCUGAGAUGGUCAUAGCCAUUGAUUCAGUCCAUCAACUACAUUAUGUACACAGGGAUAUUAAGCCUGAUAAUAUCCUAAUGGAUAUGAAUGGUCACAUUCGGUUAGCGGAUUUUGGUUCUUGCUUGAAACUCAUGGAAGAUGGAACAGUUCAAUCCUCUGUGGCUGUUGGUACUCCAGACUAUAUAUCUCCAGAAAUCCUUCAAGCCAUGGAAGAUGGGAAAGGAAAGUAUGGACCAGAGUGUGACUGGUGGUCUUUGGGUGUCUGCAUGUAUGAAAUGCUCUAUGGAGAAACACCAUUUUAUGCUGAAUCUCUGGUGGAAACCUAUGGGAAAAUAAUGAAUCACAAAGAGAGGUUUCAGUUUCCAGUUCAAGUGACAGAUGUCUCUGAAAGUGCUAAAGACCUUAUUCGAAGGCUCAUUUGUAGCAGAGAACAUCGACUUGGACAAAAUGGCAUAGAUGACUUUAAAAACCACCCUUUUUUUGCUGGCAUUGACUGGGAUAAUAUUCGGAACUGUGAAGCACCUUAUAUCCCAGAAGUUAGUAGUCCUACAGAUACUUCAAACUUUGAUGUCGACGAUGAUUGUUUAAAGAAUUCUGAAACGAUGCCCCCUCCAACCCACACUGCAUUCUCUGGUCACCAUCUGCCAUUUGUUGGUUUUACAUAUACUAGUAGCUGUGUUCUUUCAGAUCGGAGUUGUUUACGAGUUACAGCUGGACCCCCCUCAAUGGAUGUUGAUGUCAGUAUUCAGCGAACUUUGGAGGACAGCUUAGCAACUGAAGCUUAUGAACGGAGAAUAAGACGUCUUGAACAGGAAAAACUUGAACUUAGUAGAAAGCUUCAAGAAUCAACACAGACAGUCCAGGCUCUGCAAUAUUCAACUGUAGAUGGCCCAUUAACUGCAAACAAAGAUUUAGAAAUAAAAAACUUGAAAGAAGAAAUUGAGAGGUUGAGGAAACAAGUAACAGAUUCUGAUCAUCUAGAACAACAAUUGGAAGAAGCUAGUUCAAUGAGACGAGAACUAGAUGAUGCUUCUAGACAAAUCAAGGCUUCUGAGAAACAAAUAAAAAUACUAAAACAAGAAAGGGAAGACCUCAAUAAGGAAUUAGUUGAGUCUAGUGAGCGAUUAAAAUCCCAAACCAAAGAACUGAAAGACGCACACAGCCAGCGGAAACUGGCCAUGCAAGAGUUCUCAGAAAUGAAUGAGCGACUGACAGACUUGCACUCCCAGAAACAGAAACUUGCUCGACAAGUACGAGAUAAGGAAGAGGAGAUGGAACUGGUGAUGCAAAAGGUUGAAAGCUUAAGGCAAGAAUUGCGCAAAACAGAACGAGCCAAAAAAGAGCUGGAAGUCCAUGUAGAAUCUGUAACUGCAGAAGCAUCUAAGGACAGGAAAUUACGUGAACGGAGUGAACAGUAUUCUAAACAGCUGGAGAAUGAAUUGGAAGGAUUAAAGCAAAAACAGAUUGGUCGCUCACCAGGAAUAAGUAGCAUAGAACAUCAGCAAGAGAUAACCAAAUUAAAGGCUGACUUGGAAAAGAAAAGUAUCUUUUAUGAAGAGGAAUUAUCCAAAAGGAAUGUAAUACACACAAAUGAAAUUAAAAAUCUAAAGAAAGAACUACGUGAUGCAGAAGGCCAACAGCUUGCCCUUAAGAAGGAGAUAAUGAUUUUAAAAGACAAAUUAGAAAAGACCAGGAGAGAGAGCCAAAAUGAAAGGGAAGAAUUUGAAAGUGAAUUCAAACAAAAGUAUGAACGAGAAAAGAUUCUGUUGACUGAAGAAAAUAAAAAACUUUCAAAUGAGCUUGAUAAGCUUACUACUAUGUUUGAGAGACUAAGCAUAAACAACCGACAGCUAGAAGAAGAGAUGAGAGAUCUAGCAGACAAAAAGGAAUCAGUUGCACAUUGGGAAGCCCAAAUCACAGAAAUUAUUCAGUGGGUGAGUGAUGAAAAGGAUGCACGAGGGUAUCUUCAGGCAUUAGCCUCUAAAAUGACAGAGGAAUUGGAGGCUUUGAGAAAUUCCAGCCUUGGUACAAGAGCAACAGACAUGCCUUGGAAGAUGCGCCGUUUUGCAAAACUGGAUAUGUCAGCUCGAUUGGAAUUACAGUCAGCUCUGGAUGCAGAAAUCAAAGCCAAACAGACCAUCCAAGAAGAACUUAAUAAAGUCAAAGCACUGAACAUCUCAACAGAAUGCAAACUGCAAGAGUCAGAGAAGAAGAACUUGGAACUGCUAUCAGAAAUUGAAAAGCUGAAAAAGGAAACUGAGGAACUUAAAUCUGAAAAGGGUGUAAAGCACCAAGAUUCACAGAAUUCUUUCUUGGCAUUUUUGAAUGCGCCUACCUCUGCUCUGGAUCAAUUUGAAGAUUCCUUUUCUUCUUCCUCAUCUUCACUGAUUGAUUUUUUGGAUGACCGCUCUCCAUCCUGUAUUCCAGCUAGCAAAGGCAGACGUAUUGAUUCAGUUGAGAACUUUACGUUGUCUAACCCUCCUUCACGGGAUGAGGAGGUCAAGUCUCACCUCCAGUCAAGGUCCAGGUCUCCUUCCACAGCUAGUGACAUUGAACCAAUUGAGAUUACAGACCACCCUCCACGUUCAACUCACACACCAACAAUGAGAUCUGCAUAUAUUGGUUCUGGCAUCUCUGCACCAAAGCCAAAGGCUCACCAGUUAGUAGUAAAAUCGUUUAACACUCCUACAAAAUGUAAUCAGUGCACAUCUCUGAUGGUUGGUUUGAUAAGACAAGGCUGUGCUUGCGAAGUUUGUGGAUUCUCGUGUCAUGUUACCUGUGCAGACAAAGCUCCAGCAUUUUGCCCAAUUCCUCCUGAACAAACAAAAGCCCCUCUGGGUAUAGACCCACAAAAAGGAGUUGGAACAGCAUAUGAAGGCCAUGUGAGGAUCCCUAAACCAGCUGGAGUGAAGAAAGGCUGGCAGCGAGCUUUGGCUGUGGUUUGUGAUUUCAAACUCUUCCUUUAUGACAUAGCUGAAGGAAAAGCGUCCCAACCCAGUGUCAUCGUCAGUCAAGUCAUUGAUAUGCGGGAUGAAGAGUUUUCCGUGAGUUCAGUUUUGGCUUCUGAUGUUAUUCAUGCAAGCCGAAAGGAUAUCCCUUGUAUCUUUAGAGUAACAGCUUCUCAGCUUUCUGCAUCAAGUAACAAAUGUUCAGUCCUGAUGUUAGCAGAUAGUGAGAAUGAGAAGAGCAAAUGGGUGUGUUUACUGAAUGAACUACACAGAAUUUUGAAGAAGAAUAAACUUAAGGACCGUUCAGUCUACAUCCCCAAAGAGGCCUAUGACAGCACUCUCCCUCUCAUUAAAACAACCCAAGCAGCAGCCAUCAUAGAUCAUGAAAGGAUUGCUCUGGGAAAUGAAGAAGGAUUAUUUGUUGUUCACGUCACAAAAGAUGAGAUCAUUCGUGUUGGUGACAACAAGAAGGUUCAUCAGAUUGAACUCAUCCCAAAUGAACAGCUCAUUGCUGUGAUCUCAGGACGAAACCGCCAUGUGCGACUUUUUCCCAUGUCAGCUUUGGAUGGACGAGAGACUGAAUUUUUUAAGUUAGCAGAGACUAAAGGUUGCCAAACGAUAGCUUCUGGACAGGUGCGCCAUGGAGCUCUUACAUGCCUUUGUGUGGCUAUGAAAAGGCAGGUCCUCUGUUAUGAACUAAAUCAAAGCAAGACCCGUCACAAAAAGAUUAAGGAGAUCCAAGUCUUGGGUAAUGUCCAGUGGAUGUCAGUCUUCAGUGAACGACUCUGUGUGGGAUUUCAGUCAGGAUUCCUCAGAUACCCCCUGCCUGGAGAAGGGAAUCCACACAGCUUGCUCCAUCCAGAUGACCCUACACUGUCAUUUAUUGCACAACAGCCCACUGAUGCAAUCUGCGCAGUUGAGAUCUCCAAUAAAGAGUAUCUGCUGUGUUUUAGCAGCGUUGGAAUAUAUAUUGAUUGCCAGGGCAGAAGAUCGAGACAACAAGAACUGAUGUGGCCUGCAGUACCAUCCUCUUGCUGUUACAAUGCACCAUACCUCUCAGUGUAUAGUGAAAAUGCAGUAGAUAUAUUUGAUGUCAAUUCCAUGGAAUGGAUUCAGACAAUCCCCCUGAAGAAGGUGCGACCCUUGAACACAGAAGGAUCGUUAAACCUUUUAGGGUUGGAGACAAUUAGAUUAAUAUAUUUCAAAAAUAAGAUGGCAGAGGGGGAUGAGCUCGUAGUCCCUGAAACAUCAGAUAAUAGUCGGAAACAAAUGGUUCGAAACAUAAAUAAUAAACGGCGUUAUUCCUUCAGAGUUCCAGAAGAGGAAAGGAUGCAACAGAGGAGGGAGAUGCUACGAGAUCCAGAAAUGAGAAAUAAAUUAAUUUCUAACCCAACUAAUUUUAACCACAUAGCACACAUGGGUCCAGGAGAUGGAAUACAAAUCCUGAAAGACUUGCCCAUGCCGGGUUUCCCUCAUUCAUCCCCUCAUCAUCACUCCGGCCUGAUCUCCUCUCCGAUCAACUUUGAGCACGUCUAUCACAUGACUGUUAAUUCUGCUGAAAAAUUCCUCUCACCUGAUUCCAUAAACCCUGAAUAUUCCCCGUCUCUUCGUUCUGUCCCUGGUACACCAAGCUUUAUGACUCUAAGGGUAUGAACAGCUGAGUCAGGUGUUUUACUAACUUAAAUAAAGUUUACUAACUUUAUUAUGGAUUUCCUAAUUCCUGGCUUACCAAAUAAUAUAGCAAGCUGUUAGCAUUUUGUGAAUGCUUCCUUUUGACCUCAC